AUGACGGUUCCCCGUAAGCAAGCGAAAAUGGUGGAGCUUGAAAAAGAAGAGGACCCCUUGGUCCACGACGAACCCAUGCUGGAUGACGAUGAUACCGACGAGGACUAUGUGGAGUCAGAGGAUGAUGAUUCAGAGGAGGAAUUGCAGGCUGAACCUUCAAAGAAGGCCGUGUACAACAAGGAGGGGCUCCUUGAGAAGCUCGAGGACAUCGCCUGGCCGGAGAACGUCGACUGGAUGCACAAGCUCACCGUCGAUCAUGACCAGGGGGAGAAGGUCGAUGUGAACGAUGAUCUUACCCGGGAGCUUGCUUUCUACACCCAGGCUUUGGAUGGCACGAGGCAGGCCUUUGAGAAGUUGCAGUCCAGGAAGGUCCGGUUCCUCAGGCCGGCAGAUUACUACGCGGAGAUGGUCAAGACUGACACUCACAUGCACAAGAUCAAGGGGAAGCUCCUGUUUGAGAAGAAGAAGAUUGAGGAGGCUGAGGAGAGGAAGAAGGCGCGCGAGUCAAAGAAACGAUCGAAGGAGGUGCAGGCAGAGAAGCUCAAGGAGAGGGCCAAGGAGAAGAAGGAGAGUAUCGAGUCGGUCAAGAAGUGGAGGAAGCAGAGGCAACAAGGGGGAUUUUCCAAGGGGAAGGAGGACGGGCCAAACCUGAACUUUGAAGUUGAAGAGGGACUCAAGCAGCACAAGAAGCAGAGGCCUGGCGUUUCUCCUGGUGACAGGUCUGGUGGUCUUGCUAAGCGAGGUAAACAAGGAAAGAACCAUAGGUCAAAGGAUUCCAAGUUUGGUCAUGGCGGUCGCAAAGGGAUGAAGAAGCAAAACACUGCUGAGACGACGAAUGACUUCAGAGGAUUUAACAACCAGAAGGGCGAGUCAGGAAACAAGAAGAGGAAGAUGUUUUGA